AUGGCAAACACAUUCUCUGUCAAGUCCUUGGCCGUAGCCCUCCUCGCAAGUCAGAUCUCGUCCUGCGAUGCCGCCGUGAUUUCAGUGAGAUCCGAUGUGCCUGCCGGGUAUGUGGCCGCGCCCUACUACCCAGCGCCAUACGGCGGCUGGGCAUCGGAUUGGACAGACAGUUAUAGGAGGGCGAAAGCUGUAGUCGAUAAGAUGACUUUGGCUGAAAAGACCAACAUCACAUCCGGAACUGGCAUCUUCAUGGGCCGCUGCGUUGGAAACUCUGGCAGCGCUCUCCGUGUCGGUUUCCCCCAGCUAUGCCUCGCAGACUCGGCAACCGGUCUCCGUCAAGCCGAUAACGUGACAGUGUUCCCGUCCGGCAUCACGACCGGCGCCACCUUUGACAAGGAUUUGAUGUACGCUCGUGGUGUUGCCAUAGGCAAGGAGUUCCGAGGCAAAGGCGCCAACGUCUACCUGGGACCGAGCGUGGGUCCUAUUGGUCGAAAACCCCGUGGUGGCCGAAACUGGGAGGGCUUCGGGGCUGAUCCUGCGCUGCAGGGAAAGGCUGCUGCUCUGACAAUCAAGGGCGUUCAGGAGCAGGGUGUCAUUGCCACGAUCAAGCAUCUCAUUGGCAACGAGCAGGAGAUGUAUCGCAUGUACAACCCUCUGCAGCAGGGCUACAGCUCCAACAUUGAUGACCGAACUCUACAUGAGCUGUACCUAUGGCCCUUUGCGGAUGGUGUGCAUGCAGGCGUAGGGUCCGUGAUGACAGCCUACAAUGCGGUCAACGGUUCGGCAUGCAGCCAGAACAGCUACCUCAUCAAUGGUAUUCUGAAAGACGAGCUCGGCUUCCAAGGCUUCGUCAUGAGCGACUGGCUGUCACACAUGUCCGGUGUAGGCUCGGCCCUCGCGGGUCUCGACUUCAACGCCCCAGGCGACCAGCAAGUUCCCCUGACGGGCUACAGCUACUGGAUGUACGACCUCACCAGAGCUGUUCUGAACGGAUCCGUCCCCGUGGACCGCAUCAACGACAUGGCCACCAGAGUCCUGGCGAGCUGGUACCAGAUGGGACAGGACCAGGGCUUCCCCGCGCUCAACUUUGCCACGGGAACUCGCAACAGGGUGGGAGAUCUCUAUCCGGGAGCCUUCCCCUUCUCCCCAAGCGGCGUCGUCAACGAGAUGGUUCAAGUACAGGAGGACCACUACCUCGUCGCCAGGCAGGUCGCGCAGGAGGCCAUCACCCUGCUCAAGAACAACGGCAGCCUCUUGCCCAUUGCCACCUCGGCGUCGAUCAAGGUCUUUGGCACCGACGCGAUAACGAACCCAGACGGUCCCAACGCUUGUGCCGAUCGCUCAUGUAAUAAGGGUCUGCUCGGCAUUGGCUGGGGCUCGGGGACGGUCGACUAUGUCUACCUUGACGAUCCCAUCACCGCGUUCAAGAAGAGGGCCAGCAACGUCACGUUUUACAACACCGAUUCUUUCCCCUCAGUGCCGGCUCCGACCGCGGACGAUGUUGCGCUUGUCUUCAUUACCUCGGACUCUGGAGAGAAUCAGUAUGUCGUGGAAGGCAACAACGGUGACCGCAGUUCGUCUGGUCUCGACGCCUGGCAUAACGGCAACAAGCUGGUCCAGGACGCCGCCGCAAAGUAUUCCAAUGUCGUGGUCGUCAUACACUCUGUAGGACCAAUCGUCGUCGACUCGUGGAUCGACCUCCCCAGCGUCAAGUCAGUCCUGGUCGCCCAUCUCCCCGGCCAGGAAGCAGGCGAAUCCCUCGCCAACAUCGUUUUUGGCGCGGCCUCCCCCUCCGGCCACCUCCCCUACAGCAUGACCAAGAAGGAAUCCGACCUCCCAGACUCCGUGACCCAGCUCGUCGGCGGCUCCCUCGGCCAGCCCCAGGACACCUUCUCCGAGGGCCUGUACAUCGACUACCGCUACCUCAACAAGAACGGCAUCAAGCCGCGCUUCGCCUUCGGCCAUGGGCUGAGCUACACCGCCUUCACCUACACUGGCGCAACCAUCAGCUCCGCCACGGCGCUCAGCGCAACUCCGCCGGCCCGCCCCGCGAAGUCGGGCAUCUUGACUUACACCGCGCCUAUCCCCGACUGGACCGAGGGCGUCGCGCCCUCCGGCUUCAACAAGAUCUUCCGGUACAUUUACUCCUGGUGCACCGAGUCCGAGGCCAAGGACGCCGUAGCCGCCUCCAAGACGGAGACGUACCCGUAUCCAGAGGGCUACAGCACGGCGCAGAAGCCUGGGCCCGCCGCCGGCGGCGCCCAGGGCGGCAACCCUGCCCUCUUUGACGUUGUCUUUUCCGUGUCGGUGAAGGUGACUAACACGGGUUCCAAGUACUCGGGUAAAGCGUCCGCGCAGGCGUACGUGCAGUUCCCCAGUGGCGGACCCGAGACGCCGGUGAUUCAGCUGCGCGACUUUGCCAAGACGAAGAAUUUGGCGCCGGGGGAGAGUUCCACCGUGACGCUGCAGCUGACGAGGCGGGAUCUGAGUGUGUGGGAUGUGGUUAGCCAGAACUGGAUCGUGCCGAAUCCCACUGGGAGGUAUAAGAUUUGGAUCGGAGAGGCGAGUGACAAGUUGUUUUUGGCUUGUUAUACGGAUACCAAGAUGUGUGAGGCUGGACUGGCUAGUCCUGUUUGA